AUUGACAUCACCUGGUCUUUCCAGACGAUAAUUGAGAACAAUUCAUGAUGCUAUCAGGUCUCAGCUUUCCAAAGGGGGCGGUGCAUGCUAGAAACUCUGCAGAGUGCCCAAACUUUUGCAGACGCCAUUUUUUUGUUUUCUGUUAUUUUGAAAGUGUAAAUGAUGGAAAUAAAAUCUACCUUUUUGUGACAUAUUAUACAAAUGUCUAAUCUGUCAUUUGAUGUAUUUUGGAGAUUUUUCAUCUUUUCUUGGCUUCUUUAUGCACACUAAUAAAUUUUUUUUACCUGGGGUGCCCAAACUUUCGAGCCCCACUGUAUUAAUAUCUCACAUUAAACUCAUUAGUUGCCUGUGUCUAGGAUACAUUCAGGAGCAGCAUUAGCGUUUCAUUCUGGCCAAAAAAAACUUGCAAAACAGAAGUAUGACUAUAUAUAUUAUUACAGGAAAACCUCAGGAAGCAGCUCUCCACAGGUGAAUGGUAACUGAUUGGUCAUUCCGUGGUUUUAAUUCCUGCCACAUAAGAAUUGGCCAAAAUGAAAUAUUGUGCAUGCUUCAGACAGGCACAGAUGUAAAAAUUAAAACAACCAAAAAACAUUUGGCUAAUAGUUUUCAAUCCUACAUUGGAAAGUUUACAUCCUACCUCCACUGUAGUGCAAUAAUGUAAUGUGUAAGAGGCAUACAGUAUAUGAAUACUUCCAAAAUAUUUUACUCUAGUUUGCAUUACCCUGUAAUACAUUUGCAUUAACAAUCAAAUCAGCAGAUAUGAGUGAUGAAUGGUAGCAACAGGGUUUUCCCCACUGUGUCUCACGAAUAGAAAUAUAGUUUCCAACAGCAUUAAUUUAGUUUUCAACAUUUUGGAACAUCUUUGCCUGACAAUAACAAACAUGGCAUACACACAUUAUGUAAACACAUAAUUAUAGCAUUAAUAACACUAUGUAACAAACAUCUCUGUUUCAAGAGUUUAAAAAAGUAAAAAGCUGUAAUUACUAUGACUUUAGUAAGGCCUCAUUUUCCUUCUUCAUAUUCAGUGUUUUUUUUAAAGAUAGCCCCUGCAGCUACAGAUGCAGUCUUUGUUGUUGUUGUCUUAGUUUGGCUUUAUGACAACACAGUUAGACAAAGUUAUGCUACACAUGAAUUCACUGUGACUCCAUCAGAGCUCUGGGCAGAUCUCUCUCGCACCACCAGCAACACUUUUCCUCUUCCCCCAGUGCAGAUGUCUGUAGAUGAAGUCAAACAUAGACACUAUGUAGCGUGCAAACAGGCUGGUCCACUUCACUGCAUUCACCAUCCACUGCACGGUGCGCCCCGCAAAGGCCACAAAUACUGUGGUAUAGUAAACAAGCAGCAACAGACUUCUCCCGAUCUGUCUGCCAUGAUUGACAAUUUGGUUGACGAUUCGGUUGACUCUUUGUUCAUGCCCUGCCAUCCUUAUACUGUCUUCUGUAUGGUUCGUUUUAUUUGAUGUUUUAUUUUUAUUUUUUAAAUAUAUGUUUAUGCAGAUACUCCCUAGAAAGGAGCACACACCUACGAAUUUGCAGACGGUCCCUUAUAUACGCAGAUCCCGGCUGUCCAAUCAGAGCAAAGGAAGUUGAGCUUCCGGGAAUGUUUGGUGAUGUGGCUAUGCUCUGACAUCCAUCCGAGGAAAUAUAUCAAAUCAAAAGCAGAUACAUUUACCAGGAAAGCACUCGCAUAGUGCCAUCUUUAUGUUCAGCCGUCUGGCCACAGUCCUCCAGGAGCUCUCUGGAGAGGAGGGCCCAGAUGGAGACCCACAGGGUAUGCUGGUGCCUCAGCUCCCUGCCGGUGAGGACCAGGCUCCAGUGGAGUCUGAGGCUCCCGAGGAGGCGAUGGAGAGGCUGGCUCACUUGGAACAACUGGUGGUCCAGCUGAAGGAGCUCAUCCGAGACAAAGACACCCAGCUUAUACAAAAGGACACUGAACUGUCUAGCAAAGAUGCACGGCUUAAGAAUGAGAAAGAUGAAGCUGACGCUCGCUUCACCAAACUCAAACUGCAGGCCAAAGCCAAGAUGGCUUCACUCAACAAACAGAUAACUGAGUUGAAAGGACAUGGAGGAGCAACACAGAGUCCAGACAGCUCUUUCACAGGAGCCGGUGCUGCAUUCGAGGAGGAUCUCCAAGAACUUAAGAACAAGCUGAGCGAGGAGGAAGCCGACCGCAGAGCGCUGCAGGAGCGACUCCAGACCACAGAACAGCUCCUUCAAGAGAAGGAAUCCGCCCACGCUGCACAGUUGCAGAAACUGCAGGCUGUGGUCUGUGAGAAGGAUGUGCGUUUCCAGGAACAGAUCCAGAAACAUGAAGAAGAGCUGCUGAGGGUCACAGCAUCGUCUCAGAGGGACAGCGAGCUUCAGCAGGCCCUUCAUGCAGCCCAGAGGCGUUGUGAAGAGCUUGAGGAGGCCUUAAGCUCUCGGUCCCAAGUGCUGGAAAUGCUGCAGCAGGAAGUAAGCAGUGCUGAUCAGCAGAAACAGAUCUUGACUGCUCAGUUCCGGCAGAUGGAGCAGGAGCUGGCCAAUGACGCCAAGCAGAGGGAGGAAGAGAGGCAGCAGUGGGCCGAACAGGCCAGCAGGGCCCAAGCAGAAGUUGCAGCCCUCCGAACCAGCUUGGAGGACUUGGAAAGAGAGAGAAUGGUGGUGGCCAGACAAGAGGGCGAGUUGGCCUCCCUGAGAGAGUCAGAGCAUGCUAGUCAGGAGGCUCUGGGAAAGGAGAAGAUGGAAGUUGCCAGAUUGGAGAGAGAACUGGCUCUGAUGAAAGAGGCUGAUCUUGCGGCCGUCCAAGCUAGCCAUGAUGCUUUAGAGAGUGCUAGGGUGGAAAUAGUUCGACUCGAAAGGGAACUUGCCUCUAUGAGAGAGGCAGUUGUCAGUGCCAGCCAGGAGGCCUCGGAGAGGGAGAAGUCAGAAGUUGAUAAACUGGCGCAAGAGCUGGCGUUAAGUAAAGAGAAACAUGAAGAAGUCCAGAAGAAAUCUGAAAUCUUGGGGGAUAUUUGGAGACAUCUACGUUCUCUGACUCUUGAAGAUGUGCAAGCAGCAGAUGAAGUCCCCUUCCCUGCUGACCUUUCCCUGUUCCUAGACACUGUGCAGUCUUUUGAGACACAAUUGACAAAGCUGAAAGAUGAAUGCAGGGAGAGUAAAGAACAUUGUGCCGAGCUCACACACACCAUGGAAACCCUUCAGGAACAAUUUGACAGAAAAACCACAGAACAGGAGGAAGCCACUGCCAAGAUACAACAGCUGGAGCUUCAAAUUCUAUUGACAUCUGAAAGAGGUGAUGUGAUUGAACCAGCUGCACAAGAUUUAUCUGAAGCUAAUGAAGCACACAUACUGCAAUUGGAGCAGCAGCUUUUAGAAAAAGACAAUGAGCUGGUUGCCUUACGAGAGUCCCUCAGACUGGCUGAGGAGCACAGCUCCAGUGGGAUUGCAUCAUGUGAAAACUACAGUCAGACUCCAUAUCAGGUUCAGGAUGCCAGUACAGCCCCCCAUGACAGUUGUGUAGCCCUUCCUGACUUCAUGGAUGACACACAAGAAGAGGACACCACCUUAGUUGCUCAGGACACCUCAGUCCUCUCCAUUCCUGCUGAUAGCGAGAGCAGCCCAGAGCUUAUUGGACACCAGUCUGAGUCCCCAGAAGAAUCCAAAGGGACCUCCUCAGAUGAGAUGGUCGCCAGCAGUGAUUCAGAGGUGGCCCACAGCAGCUGGACCCUCCUGGAGGCUGUCAAUCAAGAUGGAGGCCAGGAGUGGCCGUCCAUUCUGCAGGACUUUGGCCAGCUGCAGCUGCAGUCAUGGGAGGCGACGAGCAUGGAGCAGGAAACAUCCACAGUUCAAGUUGAGUCGUCCUCUGUCAUCAUCCGAGAGACGGUACAAGUUCAUCUAACUCAGCAGAGUUCUUCCACCACAGAUGGCAGCGUGCCCUCUGGCCAGGUCUUUGCUCAGGCCUUGGCUGAGGAACUUCAGAAGAGGUAUAGUGAGCUUUUGGCUGAGCUUCAAAGGCUCAGAGAGGCAGCUGCAGAGUCACAGGAGAAAAUCAAAAACCUGGAAGAAGAAACGCAAUGCCUUGCUGCUGCCAAAGAAAAGGCCGAGUCCGAGGCUAAUGGUUUUACAGAAGAACUGAAGUUGGCCAGAGAGGAGCUGGACAAGCUCUCUCAGCAAAGUAGCUCAGUGGUGGAGAAACGCAGUGUUGAAAUGCAGCUUCUAGAAGAACAGUUAGACAUUUUAAGCACUCAAAAUAAAACUAAGGAGGAGAAGAUCCAGGCCCUGCAGACAGAACUGGAUAUGGCUUGUCAAGCUUUCUCUGAGCAGGAGGGCCAGGCCAGGAUGCUGAGUGCUCAGUUGGAGGACAGAGAGCUCCUCUCCUCUGAGCUUGAAAAGAGGCUGCAAGACAUGGAAAACAGCAUGUUGGAAUACUCUCAAACAUCAGAGCUCAACAAUGACACUUUGUCAAAGAAGGACUCUGAGAUCAGUGAGCUAAAGCUUUGUCUCAGCCAAAAAGAGCAAGAGGUAAUGGAGCUCAAUGACAGCAUGUCAACUAAACUUCUCCAAGCAGAAGAAGAGAAGUUCCAGAUAGGCAGUGAAGUCAAUAAACUGAAGGGGCAGAUAGUGGACCUUGAGAAAGUCAGAGACGAGAAACAGAAAGGGAGUUCUGAAGACUCAGCUGCUCAUGUAGAUGAUGAACUUGAUAGUAUGCGAAAGGAGAAAGGAAUGCUGGAAAGCCAACUGACAACCACAAAGAAAAAGUUGCAGGCUGCACUUGUGCAACGCAAAGAUCUCAUGAGGAAGGUUGCUGAAUUUGAGGUAGAGGCAAAGAAAUGGAAAGAGCGAGAUGAAACUGCAAAGGCAGAAACUCCUGCAAACAUUCCAGAGGUAGAACAAUCUAGAGCAUGUGAGCUUCAGGAAAUGGAGGCUAAAGUCAUUGAACUUGAGCAAGCUUUAAGGUCCAAAGAAGAGGCAGUUGAAACUCUUGAACAGAAAAUUAGCUGGCAGGAUCAAGUUCUCAGUGAGACGCUUGCUCUGAAUAGAAAGCUACGUGAAGAAGCUGAAAACUCUCAGCAGGCUGACAGUUCAUCUGAAACAACUGUGUUACAAUCCCAAGUGGUCUCUCUUGAAGCAGAGUGUGAAACCCUUCAGAAAAAAGUCCAGGAGGCCCAAGAAUCUCGCAAGGAAACCAUCCGCAAAGCAAAAGAGAAAGAUAGGCACCACCGUGAACAGCUGAAGCAGCAGAAAGAAGAAUACAGCGAGCUUGUGGAACGUUUUGAGGUGCAGAGCGGCGAGCGAGAAGUUCUUCUCACUAAAUUGAGAGCGUUAGAAGAAAAAGUGAGCACUGGUAGAGAAUCUUGCCAAGAGACCAUACAACUGGCUGAAAAUGUGGCAAAGCAAGCAGCAGGUGAUUGGGUCCAGGAGGAUUGGGUGGAUUUUGCCACAUCUGAGACUGAUUCAUCGCAACCACAAUCCAGCGAUCCAGUUAAGCAUCCUGCAGAGCAGUCUGACCUCCUUUCUGCACAAACGGAGGCCUCUGUGAAAGCUCUCAGAGAAGAGAUCCAGACUGUGCAAAUGGCAAACACCAAGCUAGAGAAGCAGCUGCAGGAAUCCCAGACCAGUUUGUCACUGAAGGAGGCUGAAACAUUGGAGUUGGGCAAAGAGCUACAAGCAUUACGGGAAAAGGAAAGACAGAUUAAUGCGCUCUCAGAGGAAAUUAAUGAUCUUAGAGAAAAGUAUCACCAGGCUGAGUCUUACGCUGAAACCCUGAAAGCAGAGAUGGACGCUGCCGCCCAAACAGAAUCUGCAGAUUCUACAUUCUCAAUUACAACUCUUCAGGCUGAAGUGGAGGACUUCAAGCAGUUCCUUGUCAGUAAGAACUGUGAAAUCCUGGAGCUAAGCCAGCAGCUUAGCGAGCAGAACUCUCUCAUACGCUCAAUGCAGGACACAGUGACUCAGAAGGAUCAGGUAAUAUUUUCUUUACAGGAAGAACUGAAGGCUGAGCAAGACAAAACCCAAAGGUUAGAGGUUGAACUUCCACUGAAGCAAGAGGAAGAAAAAGACAGCGAGGCAAAGAACCAGCAGCUACAACGGAAACUUCAGGCUGCCCUGAUUUCUCGCAAAGAGGCCCUAAAAGAAAACAAAACCCAGAAGGAACAACUAGCUUCAACUGAGAAGCUCCUAGCUGAACUGCAGCAGAAAAUGGAGUCAGCACAAGAUGAGCUGGAGAAGUUGAGAGCGGAAAAAGUUCGACUGAUUGACGAAGUUGACCGGACAUUACUGGAAAACCAAAGCCUAGGAUCAUCCUGUGAGAGCCUCAAACUGGCAAUGGAGGGCAUACUGAAUGAGAAAGAUGCCUGUAAGAGAGAAGUGGAGCAAGCGAAAGAAGAAGCUGCCAGGACCUGCAGAGAAUGGGAGGAAAAGGUUCAAGGCAUGAAGGACGAGUACGAGACUCUGCUCAAGUCAUAUGAAAAUGUGAGCGAUGAAGCAGAGCGAGUGAGACGAGUCCUGGAAGCUGCCAGGCAGGAGAGACAAGACCUCGUGGCCAAGGUGAGGAUGCAGGAGGCUGCGAAGCAGGAUGCCGAAAGACGGGCGGAAGAGUCGCAGAAAGAGGUGGAUUUAGUGAAAGACAAAAUGAGAAAGUUUGCCAAAACAAAGCAGCAGAAAAUAAUGGAGUUAGAGGAGGAGAAUGAGAGACUCAGUGAGAUGCAGGACAAUAAUGUAAUAAAACGAGAGGGCAGGGCUCUCAAAGCUGAGUUGGAAAGACUUCACAAUGAGCUGGGGGCUUUGAAAGCUGAGUUGGAUGCUACAGUGGCAGAAAGAGACUCUUUAGGGCAGCAGAUUGAAGCGUUGAAGGAACAACUUGCCCAAACAGGAGAGAAAGAAGACAAUGUAGUUCAUGCUACUGUUGUAGAAGAGGUUGUCACUGCCCAGCAAUCAGACUUAAUCAUGACCAAACCAGAGCCUGUUGAGGGUCAGUAUGAAGACAAAGAAGAAGACACAGCAGCAGACCAAAUAGCUGCAGUGCAUGCACCAGAAACACAUUCACAACCUACUGAGAAAAAAGAAAAAGAAAUGACUGAAAGUGUUCAAGUUUUAUUGGAGGAUAAAAUAAGGGAGAUGGAGGCAGCUGUUGCUGCAGAGAGGGAGCUGUGGCAGGAACAGGAGGCCAGACUCAAAGCUGAGCUGGCGUCUCUUGAGCGAGAUCUUCAGGAGAGUAGAGAAAAGGAGAGCCUUGUGGCCUCUCUAGAGAAGUGUCUCCAAGAGGGCAAAGAGAGAGAAAAGAGCCUGAUUGAAGAGGGUUCAAAAAGGGAAGCCCAGUUCAAAGAGCUUCUCAGAAGCCUUGAAACUGAGAAAGAUAACCUGGAGGAGCGCCUGAUGAACCAAUUGGCUCAGCUCAAUGGCAGCAUCGCUGGCUACCAGCAAGAGGCAGGAGAGAACCGGGAGCACCUGGCUGAGCUGCAGCGGGAGGUGGAGAGGCUGGAGAGGGAGCGUGCCGAGCUGGAAGCCGAGGCUCAGAGUGAGAGUGACCGGGCUGCCAGGCUGGAGGAGGACAUGAGGCAAGCCCAGAGAGAAAGAGCCGAAGCUGAAGCGGAGUCUGGUAAGCAAAGGGAGCUGGAGCAACAGCUGAGGUCUGCUCAGAGGGUCCGAGAAGGCAGCCAGAGCAGAGCACGUCAGCUGGAAGAACUGUUGAGGGAGAAGCAGCUGGAGGUCCGUCAGCUGCAGAAGGACUGCAUCAAGUACCAGGAGAGGAUCAGCGAACUAGGUAAAGAAGCUAAGGCGCUGCAGCAAGGCCAUGAAGAGCUCCACAACAAACUAGAACAAUCACAACUGGAGACUUCCAAAUCUGUUGAAGACCUGAAAAGGACUCAAGCAGAGUUGGCUACCUGCCAAUCUCAGCUGGAGGAGGCUCAGAAGAUGACAAGCGAGGCUUUAGCUGAGAAAACAAUCCUUGAACAGAGUGCCCAACAGAAAGAGGCCUCGAUGAAAGCAGAGGCAGAGCAAACCCUCGACUCUGUGAGAUUUAGGCUUGGAGCUGAACUGAAGGAGAUGGAGCUGAGACUGGAAGAGGUGGACCGAGAAAGAGACAGGGAAGAGGAAGCCACUCUGGAGGCCAGAGAGGUUGCAGAAGCAGCUGAGAGACGGGCCCAGGAGAUGCAAGCCCGUCUGGACGAGUCUCUGGCCAGGUUAGCCGCUUUCUCACGCUGCAUGUCCUCACUGCAAGAUGACCGUGACAGAGUUUUGGACGAGACCCGGCAAUGGGAGACUCGUUUUAAAGAUGCUCUGCAGGGUAAGGAGGCUGAAGUUCGGGAGGCUGAAACACGGGCCAAGGAACUGGCAGAACAGCUUCAGAGAGAAUCUUCCCUGAAAGAGGAACUUCAGCUUUCAGUCGACAGACUAGAGAAAGCAAUCAAAGAUUUGCAGCUGAAACUGGAAGAGGAGGAAAAGAAAGUCACAGAAAGCAAAGCUGCCCUUGAGGAAGAGAGGAGCAAGCUUUGGCAAACUACAACUGAGCUGCAGUCCGCACAAAAUGAAAGCCAUGCUCUGAAAAAUGAGAUGGAGAGUCUUAUUCAGAGGGCCAGAGCUCUGGAGGAGGCUGUAGGUCGGCUGCAGGGUGAAGUUGACCAGGCCAGGACUGAGCUAAGGGAGAGGGAGGCAGAAGAGAGGCGGCUGUGUCUGAACGUGGAGCAACUAGAGACAGACCUGAGGUCCUCUAAGGCCUUGACAGAGACGCUGCAGACUGAGUUAAAUGAAAAGGAAAAGAGAGAGGUGGAAAUGCUGGGGGAGAAGGAGCAAGCUGUUACUCAGGCUGCAGAGGAGGCUAGAAAGGAGGCUGACAACAGGGCACAAGAGGCUGAGAAGGAGCUGGAGCAGAGAAGAGGGGAAGUGCGGGAUCUGGAAGAAAAACUGCGAAAGGCAGAGGAAGAGAGCAACAACAGAAAAGCCAGACUGGACUCUUUCAUGAAGGCAAUGGGCUCCUUGCAGGAUGACAGAGACAGAGUCCUUAACAUGUACAAACAGCUGGAGGAGAAACACCUGCAGGUGAUAAUGGAAAAGGACGGUCUGAUCCAAGAGGCGGCAGGGGAGAACAACAGCCUGAAAGAAGAGCUGCGCGCUCUGCUGGUCCAGAGAGACGACCUGUAUGCUGAAAAGGCCCAGCUGUCCGCUCAGCUUCACGGCUACCGUAACGAACUUAACCAAGUCCUGAGCAUGAAGGACUCCCAACACAAACAGCUUCUGGCAGCUCAGCGAGAGCGUAUUGCCUCUUUGGAAAAGGAACGCGAUAAAUUGGAAUGUCAGGUAAAGAGUGUGAGCAGAGCCAGAGAGACAGGAGUAGAAGAAGUCAGAGUGGAAAGCGAGACUCUUAGCCAGGCUGUGGACAUUAGGACAGCAUCACAGGUGAUAGAUGCUCCCGGUGCAGAAGUUGAGAAGCUGAGGGAGCAGCUGCAAGCAGCGAGAGAACAAGUGGAGGCUUUGGAGGACAGGCGACUCAAGGAGAGCCAAGAGCAGGUGAGCAGGAGCAAAGAGCUAGCUGAGUUGCGAUGGGAGGGGGGUGUGAUGCGAACAGAGUCAGAAAGUGCUCAGGAGAGGGUGGCAGAGCUGGCUAGAGACUUGCUGGCUGUCGAACAGAAUCUGUUACAGGAGAAAGAGGCAACGGCGCAGCUGAGAGCAGAGAACCAUUCAUUCUCAAAAGCCAUGGCCUCCUUGCAGGACAGCAGGGACCAGGCAGAAAGCAAGGUCCAGGAACUAAGCCGGAAGCUGGAAGAGAUGAGCAAGGCAGGUGGCCACCCAGCACACAACAACCCUGGAGGCUCCACUGGAGAAGUGUGGGGGCUGAAGAACGCACUACAAGCCCUGCAGAAUGACAGGGAGAGACUGCUGGAGCAGCUUCAAACCCAGUCGUCUGAGCUCAAGAAGCAGAAGUUAGAGCUGGCUCGACUGGGAGCAGGAGAGCUGAUUAAAAUCAGCCAGGAGCUGUUUGAGGAGAAGAACAAGAAUGAAGACAUACUGGGUGUCAUAAUGCAGCUAGAGAAUGUGGUGGAAAUGGGCAAGCAGGAAAUAGAAACUCUCAGACUGGAGCGUAUUGACUGGAUGGCUCAAGCGGAGCAGCUGAAGCAGCAGACCCUCGCCACACUCUCGGAGAGGGACCAACAACUGCGGCAACUCACCGCCAUGCUGGAGGAAGCCCGCGCCGACAAGCCCAAACUACAGCAGGAACACUAUCAGAGAGAGGGCACGGAGGAAGUGGACAGUGCUCCUGGAGCCCCACAGGAGCGGAGUAGCCUGGUAGACAGCCCCGCAUACGUAGCUGAGGUCAAAGAGCUACAGAAAAGGCUGGAUGAAGAGAUGCAGCGGAGAGUGGUUGCUGAGGAGCAGCUAAUGGAAACACAGGAUCGACUCAAACGUCAUAGCCAGGCUAAAUGGCACACUGCACAAGAAGAGGAUCACUCAGAGACUGCUGUUUUUAUCGAGCCGGAGGGAGCUGUCACUCGAACUCGGAGAGGUGGCCCGGGUUUGGUGCGAAUGCUCAGAGUGGCCUUCUGCUCCCGCCAGCGUACCCCUCUGCUGUUCAGCCUCUAUCUGCUCACUGUGCAUGUCCUGCUGCUGCUGUGUCUAGGCGGAUACCUCUGAAACCAAAAACAAACCCGACAGAAAAGAGAGAGAGCUAGAGAGAGAGGAGGGGAAAUAAAAUGGAAAUGUGACACAGACCUAACCCAAGCCAUCAAUAUGUUUUCUUUUUUUAUAUAAGGGUGUGAAGGCUCUUCUACACCCAAAUGUUGCACUUUAAAGGACUUCAUCUUUUAGCCAAAGUAUGUAGAUUUAUAUAGGAUGUUGCUCUCCUAUGACUUUGAGGAAAAUGUAUCCCUUUUUGUCCACCAAAACAAGUUCCUUCCCAAGAGCAUUUUUAGAGGUUAAGCAAACGAUAAUGUGUUAAUUAGUCAUCUUUAGAGGUGCUUUUAGGGGGAUUUGUUACUGUUGGACAGAGCGAGCCUAGUUUAUUAGAGUGGUAUCAAUCUUGUCUCUGGCAAAAAAGCAGUUAAGCAUAUUUCACAAGAUGUGGAACUAUUCUUUCAAGAUGGCUUGAGGUUUAGGAUGUGCUGUUAUAGCCCAGUCUCUUCCUCUUCUACUCAUUUCAUGCAUAAAAACGGAGCACAGUGCAAUUUCUGUUCUUACACAUUCCUAUUGUUUGUUUGCUUUUCUUUUCCUCUAAUAUAAAUCACAUUUAAAAAAAGGGACUGAUAUUUGUACAUUAUGUACAUCUAUUUGUAUGUCAUUUGGAUGUAGGUUUCCCUCUUGUGUAUCCAACAAGAUUCCCUGCUCAUGAUUCUGUUGCACAGAUUUAGAUUUUACAGUUCGCUCUGUAGUUUUUUAUGGCAGAGGAAGCAGUUAUUUUGGUGCAAUGUUGCCCUAGUGUGGGUUCAUUCCAGAGGAGAAAGACUGCUGUGUUUUCUAAUGAUAUCCAUCCCGUUAUAAACUGUUCUGAUAUAGCAUAAUUUAUUGCCCAUAACAGUUGGAAUUAUUCACUACCUACAUAUAUAUUGACAUCAUCCUCUUGAUUCUUGUUUAUUUAAUCGGUCACUGUUGGUGAAAUUAUCCCUCUGUACUCAUCUUCUCUAUCAAUUUCUUAUGUUCUUUAUAUCUUACACACAGAAAUAUACUGUAAAUAAUGUUACAAAAGGGCUGUAUAGGACACUAAAAUGUAAUAAAAGUGUUGGAGUUUAGAUCAGGGACCAGGGACAGAUCUUGUCAAGCAUUAAUUAUUUGUUUAUUUGUGUCUGUAGAAAAGAAAAUACAGACGUUGGGACUUUUGUUUACUGAUUUUUAGCCUCUGUUAAUUUUUAACACAAAUUUUCCCUUUCAUGGUAAAGUGCUUAAGAAAUGGGUAUCAUUAAUCAGUGAUUUUGCCAUUUCAGUAAACAAUUCUAAAUAUGGGAGUGAUGUUACAAUUAAGCACUGGUGUUAAAAAAAAAUAACAAUGCUUCAUAUGUGUAAGGUGUCCUUGAGUGUUGGAAAAAGGCACCCAUAAACAAAAUGUGUUAUUAUAUGGGAGGAAUGAUGAUAUAAACACACUGUUGCUGAGACACUAUCACUUUUUGCUAAAGUGCUUAUAGCACCUAAUAAAGUGUAAACAUGUGAA